AAAGGACCUUGUCCGUAGCAUGUUGAUGACAAGCACCCCUAUGCAAGCGCCCCAUAGCCCGAAAGCACGUUGACGUUAAAAACGACUGAAACAACUAGCUUGAAAGCGAUUUAGAUUUUCUUCUUACGUUGCAGUAACGGCAACUAUAGAGAACAUUUCCAGACUGACGAGCACACGGAACCGUUUUGAUUAAUCAGCAUUUUAUCUUGCUGACUGCAUUAUGUCGGUUACGGAGAUGUUCACUUAUAUCCAGGGCUUUUUAAGCGCGGAUCAAGACGUGAGAGAGGACAUAAGAAAAGUAGUCCAAGUCCUCGAACAAACGGCAAGAGAAAUCUUGACUGUGCUUCAAAGUGUUCACCAACCAACCGGUUUCAAAGACAUUCCUAGCAAAUGCCAAAGGGCACGCGAGUUGUUCAGCACUGUGAGAACGCACAUGGGAGAAUUGAAAACAAAAUUUCCUGCAGAACAGUAUUACCGGUUUCACGAGCAUUGGCGUUUCGUGCUUCAGCGGUUGGCAUUCCUGGCUGCUUUCGUGGUCUACUUGGAGAGUGACUCCCUGGUGACUCGAGAAGAGGUUGCCAAGAUCAUAGGAAUUGAAAUAGACAGAGAGAAAGGAUUUCACCUGGACAUUGAGGAUUACCUGGCAGGCGUUCUGAUCAUGGCAAGCGAACUGUCUCGCCUGGCGGUGAACAGCGUGACGGCAGGUGACUACGGGCGUCCCCUGCGCAUCUCUAACUUCAUCAACGAGCUGGACUCAGGCUUCCGCCUGCUCAACCUGAAGAACGACCCGCUGCGCAAGCGCUACGACGGUCUCAAGUACGACGUGAAGAAGAUCGAGGAGGUGGUCUACGAUCUCUCCAUCCGGGGACUGGCCAAGGAGCAGGAGGCUGGAGGUGACAAGUAGAGCGGGGAGGAGCACAGGGGAAGAAUGGGGGAGGACGAGCAGGGUGCAGGAGUUCACCUGUAACAACCCUGUGCUGGGACUGCCUCCCUCCCCCCCUCCCUCCCGAAAAUCAUGGUUUGUCCCAGAGACUUCGCCUGCGAACGAGCAGGAUAGAUAGAGGAUGGAGAGAAUGGAGGGAUAGAGAGAAGUGGAAGGGAGGAGAGAGUGAAUGAAUGAUGGCCCCAGCUGCCUCAGACAUGUAGGUGUGUGUGUCUGUGCGUGUGUCUGUUUGUGUGUGUGUGUGUGUGAGUGAGAAAGAGAAUGAACAGAAGUCUGUUGGCCAAAGCUGAAUGAGGUGAAACUGCAGAUUUCUUGUUGCAGCUGAGAAAGCGUUCACUCUUGUACAGUUGUAUUCAGUGCUGCGCCCAUUCCAACUACCGUGCGAUAUGAUUGCGUUGUGCUUCUUUUGUUGUUGUUGGCUUUUGUGCAAGUAAUGUUCGCAAUUGUUGUCUGAUAGCACCUUGUAAUACACUGGUUCAAAGGCAAACAAAGUAAUGGGGCAGUGAAAGUAUUUGAUUCGUUCAGUUUGUUUUUCAAAAAAUCAAAUCAUACAUGUCUCAGUGCCGGUGGAUGUUUUUGGAAAUUAUCUUGUGUGUAAAGGGUUAGGAAACCAAUAGGAAAUGAUGUAAAGUAAAUAUCCAAUGGUGCUGAAGCAAAGCUGGAUGUUCCAAUUGCAUACAUCACUGAGCUUCUUUUAAACAGACCGGAGACAAAAAAAUGUAAUGUGUUUCAUGCAUGUUUGUGUUUGUCUCUGUUGUUGAGACGUUAAUGUUACGUACAGUGUACUUUCACUGGUCUGCUAAUAUACUGUGCUAUGCUUAAAAAAUGUCAGUGUAUGGGUGGUGUUAACUCAAACAAAUCAGACAGGCCAUUUUGCACUCCUAACACAUACAUUACAUAGGUAUACAUAUACAUAUAUAAAUGUAUUAUUCCUUUUGUAACUUGGAAAACACCUGUUUUGUUAUCUCAGGUCUGUACUAAUGUGUUUUGCAUUCACUUAAGGCCUAUUCCAUUUUCGUUCUAUUCCAUUUUGUUUUUGCAAAGUUCUAUGUCCGAAUGACUACCUUUCCAAAGCUCCUCCUAAAAAUGAAGACACGCCUAUUUCCCAAAGAAAAAGGCAUCACAGCAUGCCCAUUACUAAAUUCUGAUUAUGGUCGUUGAGCUGUUCGUAUGGCAUUUUGGCUCUCGUGCAUGAAAGGCGUGAUGACACACUGCUGUUGCGUUGCGAGUCUCACUGUCUCUUUUCUCUGCUCGGUGACAUCACUUUGGCUGGUCAGCACGUUGCAGUCCUUGGAGUCUCUUUCAGAAGACAAGGGCAUCAACACUGCUUCUGCUGUGCUUUCAGUCAGGGGAAAAUGGCCUCGCAGAUUGCCACAGUAAAGAGUAGAGGAAAAGAGGCAGCACAACGGUGAGAACUUGGUGUCUACAAAACGUCAGACACAAAGAGACUCAUUUUUGUGUUUCAUUACUGUUUUUUUAUUUACUGAUUUUUUUAUUUCUUUUCACUGGAAGCUAGCCUCUGUGCCAACGUCUUAUAUUACUUUAUUGUGUGCUUAGUAAGUCUUUCAAUUCUAACUAGUUCCUUGAAUAAUUGGUGUGGCAAACCUUUAUAGGCUUAUUUUGCCUUUCUAGUGGAUGUCAAGUGUUGUUUUUUGUAUUUCUUCUUCUUGGACUUGAUUGAACUUUUUUGAGCGUAUUUUGUUUUGUGAGCAAUAAGAUAAAUGCACUCUUGUAUUGCUGACUGGUUGAGUCAACUGAACAAGUCCAAUAAAGAGAGAUUUCUAAUAUUA